AUAAAUUUCUUUUAGGAAAAUUAUAAAUUUAUAUCAUACUUUUGAUCUCUUCAAAAUGACCUAAGUUCAUAUCACAAUUACAUAGCCUUAAAAUAAAUUCUCAAAAUACAUAAUAUAUUCUACGUUUAUUAUAAUCAAAAUUCUCUCAAAUUCGAUUUUAUUUGUACAAAAAUGAUUCGAUCUCUUAUUAAAAAUAUAUCUCGAAAUUAUGCUUUUGCACAGUUUUUCCAAAAACCUUAAUUUCAGGGAUUUUGGAAAGUAUAGUAUUGUUAUGCCCGGCCAAGUGUCCCCGAUGAGAUCUGUACCUGAACAUAUAGAAAAACCUGAUUAUUACAAAACUGGUGAACCGAAACCUGCUACACGGGAUAUUGAAAUAAAAAACUCAAAACAAAUUCAAUUAUUAAAAGAUUCUUGUAAAUUAGCUGCAAAUAUCUUAGAAGAAUCGGGAAAAAUAUUAAAGGUAGGUAUGACAACUGACGAGCUCGAUAAUAUUAUCCACCAGAUGAUUGUUAAACGCGGUGCUUAUCCGUCCCCAUUAAAUUAUCACCAUUUUCCUAAAUCAGUUUGUACGUCUAUUAAUAAUGUAGCGUGUCAUGGUAUACCAGACGAUAGAAAAUUACAAGAUGGUGAUAUCAUUAACGUUGACAUAACAGUUUUCUUAAAUGGAUAUCAUGGUGAUUGCUCAAAAACAUAUCUAGUCGGAAAUGUUGACCAAAAAGGUCGAGAGUUAGUUAAAGCAACCGAAAAUUGUUUAAAAGCUGGUAUCAAUGUAUGUAAACCAGGUGUUGAUUUUUGUAAAAUUGGUGAGGUUAUCGAGAAAAGAGCUCAUGAACAAGGAUUUGGCGUUGUACCAGCAUUUUGUGGACAUGGUAUUGGAUCAUAUUUUCAUGGGCCACCAGAAAUAAUUCAUAUGGAAAAUGCAUAUCCUUAUCAAAUGGAACCAGGGAUGACAUUCACAAUUGAGCCAGUGCUUGGUCAAGGUAGUCGAGAUGUAGAACUUUUAGAAGAUGGUUGGACUUGUAUUACAACAGAUGGAUCUCGUACUGCACAAUUCGAACAUACCGUACUUAUCACAGACAAUGGAGUAGAAAUAUUAACGUUACCUGAUGAAAAAUGAUCAUACUUCACGAAUUCAAAUACUUGCCUUAACUCCAUUCCAAAGAACACUUCCCUAAACGAAAAUGGAUGGCCUGUCUAUCUACAAAAAAAUUUAAUUUUUAUGCCAAGUUGUUUGUCAUCAUAUGGUCUGUUAUCUAAUAUUGGGAAUAAAUUUUCAAUUUUGUGUGUUUUGAAUUAAGCUGCAAAAGAAAAUAAACUUCAUGGGUAGAGCGUAAUUUCGAUUUUGGAAAUAAAACAAAAUAUUUAUCAAUUGCAAUUU